AUGAGGUUAGUUCAUGUGUAUGAUUCAGAUAGCUUGAACGAGAAUGUCACAUUUCUCAACUGUCUAAGGUUGCCCUAUGUAACUCGUCUCAAGUGUGGUGGUUUCAUCUUUUCUCUUCGCAUGAACCAUACAAUGAGUGAUGGAAGUGGAAUUUCCCAAUUUCUAAAAGCCUUAUCAGAACUAGCAAAUGAGGCAAAAGAGCCUUCAAUUCUCCCUAUGUGGUGCAGGGAGUUACUAUGUGCAAGAGAACCACCAAAAGUUUCAUGCAUCCAUAGAGAAUACCAACAACUACCACCAGAUACCAAAAGCAACUUCAUACAUCAUUCUUUCUUCUUUGGCCCAAAAGAGAUAUAUGCAAUCCGUGCUCUUCUUCCUCAUCAUCUUUCUAAAUCAACAUCAUUCGAGAUUCUCACUGCAUGCCUCUGGCGUUGCCGCACAAAGGCACUUCAGUGGAAAAACUCAAACGAAGAGAUUCGUUUGUUGUGCAUCGUCAAUGCACGUUGUAGGUUAAAUCCUCCAUUGCCUGAAGGAUUUUAUGGUAAUGCUGUUGUUUUUCCAGCGGCAGUUACAACCGUUGGAAAACUUUGUGGUCGCCCGUUAGGUUAUGCUGUAGAGCUAGUGAAGAAUGCAAAAAAUGAAGCAACUGAGGAGUAUGUGCACUCAAUGAUUGACUUAAUGGAAACUAAAGGAAGACCUUGUUCUACUAGGUCAGGGUCUUUUGUGGUAUCAGAUAUUUCAAAGGCUUCUUUAAAAGAUUUGGACUUUGGAUGGGGAAAGGCUGUAUAUGGUGGGGUAGCAAAAGCAGGUCUUGGAGACAUUCCAGGAGUGAGUGUCUAUAUGCAUUUUACCAAUUCUAAAGGAGAACAAGGUAGAGUAGUUCCUAUUUGUCUACCAAUUAAUGCAAUGGAAAGGUUAGAGAAAGAGUUGGAUAACAUACUCAAGGCCAAUAAUAAUGGAAAAAUGAUAUUAAGAUCCAAUUUCUAAUGAGGGAUAAUAUAAUCAAGCAAAUAAUAACUAAGAACUUGUAUUGUAAUAAUUCAUUAUAAUAAACCUUGAUAAAUGUGGUUA